GUGUCAUCAUUGCGCAAAAGUAAAGCCAUCAUCAUCGUCGUUUUCCAUCGGCAAGAUUUUUGCGUGUGGCGAUCGAAAGAGGUUCUUUUAUUUUCAAAUGAAAAAUUAGAAAUUCAAGUAUCAUCUGGAAUAGUUUUGCCGUUUUAUAAGUGUUAAUCGUUCGUUGUAAUUGUUGUCAAUGUAAAAACUCGUUCGGCGUCCCUUAGAGAAUAACGGAAGAUUAGUGUGAUAGCUUCCACGGAAAAAGUGUGAGCUGAUUGUUGAUUCGGCUAUUGACGAUUGGAAAGUGAUGGCCGAUCAGACUGAACUGCGUAUGAAUUUAGCUGCCAUUCAACGCACGGAUCCGUAUGCAACCGAUAUUGUAAACUCGUCAGCUCACGUUGCAUUCUACACAUUCAACACCGCCGAAAACGAGUGGGAAAAGACCGACAUUGAGGGGGCAUUGUUCAUCUACAAAAGAACCGCAAAUCCGCUCCACUGUAUUUUCAUCAACAAUCGCUUAAAUACAAAUUCGCUGGUGGAACCAAUCAACGGACAGAUUGAGCUCCAGUCGCAGCCCCCCUUCCUGCUGUACCGUAACAAACGGGCCCGAAUCCGGGGGUUCUGGUUCUACAACAACUCCGAGUGCGACCGGAUCCGGGAGGUGAUUGCCAAGCUGGUCGAGGGCUGUAACAAUAAUCCCGGAGGCAAGAAAAAACCGGACAUGGGUAAAACGCAGGCCAAUGGUAAUGGAGCAGGUAACAACGUGGACAUAUUCUCUAUGUUAACCAAAGCCCAGGAAGACUUCAACAACAGCACUGGGAAGCCAUCGGUUUCGGUGCCACAGCAGGAGCCAAUUCCUCCGAACAGAAAUCCAUCAGCAGCUAUCAACAUCGUUCCUGAUGCCCCACAAAGUGUGGUCAACUUUUUUGCUGCUGCAAAACAGCCAGCGGCCUCGGAAGUACCACUAUUCCAAACCCUGAUGUCCAAUCCGGUACACACACUAGAACAGAUCGAGAAGCAGCAUCGUGCCACAACCCCUCAAAAAGAGGCCACCGUUACAGGUAAAAUCACACCGGAAAUAAGUGAGCUGGAAAAUAGCUUCAAAAUGAUGGGAAUACCCAUAAAUACGGGACCGGCACCGGUUCAAGAGCUUGGAAGUUCUCCGUUGGCUACGUUUCUUAGCUCAACCAACUUGGCAGCGGUUCGCAACAAUAACCAGCCGAUUCCGAAAACGAAACCCAUUGAAAUCAGUGAGCUUGAGUCUCGACACCAACAACAGCAACAACCUUUGCAUGAGCUACUGAAGAAGUCGGACCCAUUGCUCAACAGUUCCGGUUCCGGGUUGAAUCCAACUUCGGCCAUCGUAGGCGGAAGUGGCACAAAGCCGGCCCUAAUGCCCCCAACCAUGUUUGCAUCCAGUUCGGGCAGUGCUGCCAAAGGGCUCACCGAUUUAUUUGCCAGUGCUGCCAACAAAAAACAUCUGGAGCACCCGAACGGAAGCCAACCCGGAUCGGUUACGGAUUUGCUCUCCAAAGCCAACAACAACAACCACCACCCGCCACCGGGAUUCUUCCCGAUGGUCGGUGCGGUGGAACCAUUGACCCAGGCACAGCUCAUCCAGGCCAUCAGCUAUCUCAUCAAGCACGAUUCGGACUUUGUUCGGAAGCUGCACGAAGCGUACCUGAAGUCGCUGCAGGAGAUGAUGGCAUUAUAACGUGUGCGCGCGGAGGAAUAUUCCGACCGCCUGUUGCGCAUCAGGCAUAGUGGUCACAAGCGAGGUAUGAAGGAGAAAAAGACUAUUUAGGGAGCGAGAAAAGCCAGAGAUCUUUUAAGCAGAGAAUGACGAACUGAGGGCUGAUUCUUUAUUAUCUUUAUUAUUACGGUUUAAUUUCACCUUCCUUUUAAGACAUAUAUUGUUCCGUUCUGUUAUCGACUUCGUACUCCCGGCCACAGCACAUUACACAGAUAGAAUAUACGUUGCUCUAAGUAAAGCAAGUACAGAAA